AGUCUCUUAACGAAACUAAAAAUUAGUGUGGAUAUAAUUACGUUGCUUAGCCAUUUUGCUUGUAGAAUUUCGUCUUUUCCCGCGAGGCAACGACUUUCCCCGAUUUUCCACGAGAGACGCGCGUAAUUUUGUGAUAUAUUAAUUUAAUUUCACAGAGCAACGGCGUAGUCGAAAUUGGUCGGGAAAAAUAUUCUCACGUUCAUUCACGCCGACGCCUAUGUGCGCGUCCACGUGUUGGUGACUAUAACCUCCAAAGGGAGCGCCGCGUGUCUUCUUCCCGCCCGGUAUCUCGUCCCUUGGCAGCGAGAAAUGACGAGCAACUGCGAUUUGAUGAAGACAAUCGAGGAUGACCAGGAGGUGCCGGACUAUUCGGAGAAUUCGGACGAGGAGGACGACUAUCAGCCACGGAAGCAGAAGAAGAAGGAGAGCAAAGACUUCGACAGCGGCUUCCAAUUCUCCGCCGCCGAACACAAUCUGGAUCCCUGGAAUGACCUGAGCAAGUAUAUUAAACGCAAGCCGAACACGAAGUUGGAUGACAAGAUAAAGAAAGUCAGGAAGGAGCAUGGUCAGGCUGGCACGGAGAAUGAUCCUAUUAAAAUUGAACCGGAAAUGGACCAGGAGGACGAUGAUACGAUUUCCCUAUCUGAGGACGAACUCAAAAAAGACACGUUUAAAACCAAGAAAAAGAAGAGCAAAUUAAAAAAUUCUGGGAAAGAAAAGGACGAGGAAGCCAUCGACUUCGAGGAAUGUACGGAUUCUCAAACGUACGCUACGUUUUAUCAAAUGAACUUGUCCAGGCCUUUGCUUAAGGCCAUGACAACAAUGAAUUUUGUACAACCGACUCCCAUACAGUCUGCUACCAUUCCCGUAGCUUUACUGGGUCGUGACAUCUGUGGUUGUGCGGCAACCGGCACAGGAAAGACCGCAGCUUAUAUGCUUCCCACUUUGGAAAGAUUAUUGUACAGACCGUUGGACGGUCCUGCUGUUACGCGUGUUCUUGUACUUGUGCCUACCAGGGAGCUGGGAGUGCAAGUUUAUCAAGUGACAAAACAAUUGGCUCAAUUUACUACAGUAGAGGUCGGUUUGUCUGUUGGUGGACUGGAUGUGAAAGUACAGGAAGGUGUACUGAGAAAAAAUCCAGAUAUUGUAAUAGCAACGCCUGGAAGGUUAAUCGAUCAUUUAAGAAAUGCGCCUAUUUUUUCCCUGGAUAGUAUUGAAGUGUUGAUUCUGGAUGAAGCUGAUAGAAUGUUAGAUGAAUACUUUGCUGAGCAAAUGAAAUAUAUUGUGAAGCAAUGCUCACGGACCAGACAGACUAUCCUCUUCUCGGCUACCAUGACCGAGGAAGUCAAAGAGUUGGCUGCGGUGUCUCUUGACAAACCUAUUAAAAUAUUUGUGGACAGCAACCAAGAUGUAGCCUUCAAUCUGCGUCAAGAAUUUAUACGCAUACGUAAGGAAAGAGAGGGAGAUCGUGAAGCAAUCUUAACAGCACUAGUUUGCCGAACUUUCCACGAUCACGCCAUGAUUUUUGUACAAACUAAAAAGCAAGCUCACAGAUUACAUAUUUUAUUGGGCUUAUUAGGUGUGAAAGUUGGUGAACUUCAUGGUAAUCUCACGCAACCACAACGAUUGGAGAAUCUUCGGAAGUUUAAAGAUGAGGAAAUUGACAUCUUAUUAGCGACCGAUGUUGCUGCAAGAGGUUUAGAUAUAAGCGGUGUAAAGACUGUAAUUAACUUCGUGAUGCCUGCCACUCUUCAACAUUAUAUACACAGAGUGGGGAGAACUGCAAGAGCUGGGCGUGGAGGUGUUUCUGUGUCAUUAGCGGGAGAACAGGAACGUUCUUUGGUAAAAGAAGUUAUUAAGCAAGCGAAAAAUCCUGUCAAGAAUAGGAUAAUACCGCCUGACAUAAUAGAGAAAUAUAAUAAGAAAUUACAAGCCUUGGAACCAGACGUGGAAAGGAUUCUGCAAGAGGAAAAGAGCGAGAGAGAAUUAGCUAAAGUGGAGAACGAAGUUAAUCGCGCUGAGAAAUUACUUAAAGUUAAUGAUGACAAGGAUAAAAGAAGUUGGUUCCAAUCUAGAAAGAAAAGAAUGCAAGAGAAAGAAAAUUUUCGAUUAGCUAAGAAAGAAGUUGGUAAGAGUAAAAAGCAUGAAAAAGAGUCUCCCAAUGUAGUACAAGAAAAAAAGAAGAAAGCACAAAAGGAACCUAAAAAGGAUACAGCUGAGGAUAGAGCUAAAAAAGAAUUAGAAAAGAUAGCCGCUUAUCAGGCACGACUAGCCAAGAAGAAUAAUAGGCAGAAGAAAAUUAAAACAGUUAUGGAAGAGAGUAAUCGUGAUUUUGCUAAAAAAAGGUCAUUGAAACGAUCAAGAUCAUCGUUUGCUGCAGAUUUAACGGAUACGAGCAAAAAGGGGGUCAAAAGAAUGCGAUACGAGGCAAACGUUAAGAAAAAACAAAAUACAUUU